GUGAGAGACAGAGAGAGCUGGAGAGAGUGAGUGAGGGACAGCAUGACAGACAGAGGGGGAGUGAGAGACAGCGAGAUGGGGAAUUCUGCUACAUGCAACUGUGCGAAAGAAUGAGAAAGGAGAGAGGGAGUUAGAAACAGCGGCAAGACUGUGAGAGGUGGAGAAACAGGAGGAGGGGAGGGGAGGGGAGGAAACGGGAAAUGCAAAGCCAAGUGAGGGAGAGUGACGGGAAGCCAGCAGCAGCAAAUGAGACUGAGGAACAAGGCGGGAGAUGUAGAGAGAGAGACCGAGAGAAGGAGAGAGAGAGAAGGAGACAGAGAGAAGGAGAGAGAGAUAGCGGGAUAAGAGGAGGGAGGUGGAGAAAAGAGGCCUGAGCAGAAGAGAGGGCUGUAGGGUGAAAGAGUGAAAGAAAGUUGGAAGAGGAAAUGAGAGAGGGGGUCAGAGAGGAGAAACAAAAGAACCAGAGAAAAACAAGUAGAGGAGAGCAAGGGCACAACAGGCGAGAAGAAAGGGGGGAGGGAAGACUUAGGUAAGAAAGAAAGAGCAGAGCUGCAGAAAAGUUUUUUCUUUUUUUUGUGGUGGAGUCAGUCUUAGCUAGAUGAGGGAAACAGCUUGCGUGAAUGGCUAGGUCGGGACUGGGGAGCUGCGCGGAGGAGGAGGGGAGGAGAAGGAAACCAGUUGUUUUUUAAGGCGUUUCCCAAACCGCCCUACUCCAGUCCGACAUGUACUCAGACGGCACGCGGACGGGACACUAUGGACUCAUUCACCGCGAGACGGACGGCCACUGCUGCUGCCAGUACUGUGCCCUCCCGUACGGUGCCCCUCCGCUCCGGGGAGGACCAGGGGUACGCCGGCCGGCCACGCGCUCGGACCACCCACGGCCUGCCCCCCGAGGGGACUUCAGCUCUCCUCCGUUCCCCGUGGACCCGGAUGAUAGAGACUCUGUGCCGGAGACGGGUGGCGGAGGAGGGGAUGGCGGUCAAAGGGCCCCACAGAGGAGGCCUCUGUUCACACUGUCGGGUCUGUACCGUGAACCUCAGCCAGGCCGGUUCAGCCCCAGUCACCCCUGGGACCUCAGUCCUGAUGAGGGCAGCUGCCCGGUGGAACCUGGCCGGGGUCUCAGACACGGCUCCCCUGUGAGAGGACAGUGUAGCUGUGUGGGACGGAGAGGAGGGAAGGUUGCUGGGACCGGGACACAUCCUUUCAUCAGCGGAGGACAUGCCCCCUCAGUCCCUCUCAGCCCAGGAUACUCACAGUUCACAGGUCAGCAGACCAAACACAGACAGGCUCGCUACAGCUGCAGUCCAGAGGAACAGACCAAACACAGACAGGCUAGCUACAGCUGCAGUCCGGAGGAACAGACACAACACAGACAGGCUAGCUACAGCUGCAGUCCGGAGGAACAGACCAAACACAGACAGGCUAGCUACAGCUGCAGUCCGGAGGAACAGACCAAACACAGACAGGCUAGCUACACCUACAGUCCAGAGGAACAGACACAACACAGACAGGCUAGCUACAGCUACAGUCCAGAGGAACAGACCAAACACAGACAGGCUAGCUACAGCUACAGUCCGGAGGAACAGACCAAACACAGACAGGCUAGCUACAGCUGCAGUCUGGAGGAACAGACACAACACAGACAGGCUAGCUACAGCUGCAGUCUGGAGGAACAGACACAACACAGACAGGGUCAUUACAAUUCGGAUGGGCAGAUCUGGGUUCAGCUGAAACACCGAAUGACUAACUACGGUUCUGAGAAACUGACCUGGGAUGAAUCGAAAUCCUGGCUAGAAAGACAGGCUAGCUAUGGUCCUCAGGAGCAACACAAGAAGGCUGGCUCUGUUUCGGAAGAGCAGGCCUGGGUUCAGUCGAAUCACUGGUUAGGAAGACAGAACAGCUUCAGCCCAGAAAAACUAGGCAGACCAGCUAGCUACAAUACAAGAAGUCCAGAAGACAAGCCAAUACAACCACAUAUUACACACAGUCUAGGAGACCAGAUCUGGAAUCAGUCGAGACACAGACAAACUAGCACCAGUUCAGAAGAGCAGGUCUGGAGUUUUCCUGGAGGUGAACACUAUAAUUUGGACACGCGGCGAGUAGGUGAGAACUAUCAUCUGGACAGGCACGGACCACUGGAACGAGGUGAUUCAUACCCCCAUGUGCUUAAUGGACACCACAGUGGUGGUGCUAGUCCCAGGCCUGUAGGAGAUGGAGCUAAGUGCCGUGUGUGGUGGGCCAGAUUAAAGACUGGAAGGGCUGAAGGUGGGGCUUUGGAGGAUGGCUAUAAUGGGAGACAUGUCCAAGCUGGCUCUGGAUCUGUUCACAAGUCUUUCUUCCCGACCGAAGUACCCCAGAGGCGGUUAAUAAGCCAGCCCAGGCAGAGUGGUACCUGUGGGCCUGGUUCUGGUCAUGGAGCCCCUGGUCAUGGAGGCCGUGACCUGGUCGAUGGGGUUCCUGGUUCUGGUUCUUCUAGCCCGGUGGAUGGAACCAGUGUGGACAGGAGGGAGAGAUCCAGAAUGUUAGCAAGUCAGGGGGUCAACCAGAACCAGAGGGGAGACCCAAAAUCAGACCCCCAGAGAGAGAGAGGGAAGCAGAAGGAAUGCCAAGUUUCAGCCCGAGAGAACAAGUGUUCAGUCCGGGGGAAGGAGGACUCAGUUCGGGAUCAGAUCAGACAGGUGGUGUCAGACCUGGAGGGGGUCCUCGGUGGUCUCAAACAGGUCCAUGUGGAGAUGAAAGAGGUGGUCCAACAGAUCGACAUUCUGACCUCUAACAUUGACCUGGGGGAGGAGGAGGGUUCCUGUACUGAUUCCCCUUAUGGUGGUGUGUCCCUCCUCAAAGAUAGAGGAGUCCUGGUGUACAACCAAAACGCUGGUACCGGAGACCUGGUGCUCAACCUGAAGGCUCCAGGGGACCACACCACAGGGCCUCACUACAGAGACAAGGACCACAUGGUCACCAGACGUUCCCCUCCCCCUGACCACGGAGGAUUCCCUGAGGUUCCGAAAAACAACCAGAAGAAUAAUGCAGGUCAGGGAGCACAGUUCACAGACCCUGACCAAACUGUCACCAUAGAAACCACGUCCCCUUCACCUGUCCUCACGGCAUCCGUCAUCAAGACAAACCGGGUCUCCGUUACAAUGCCCAAGGACCCCAAACAGGACCGCCACGGGCCCAAUGGACACCCCCCUUUAUCUGGGCCAAGUAGCGAGAUGAAUCAUGGGAUGUAUGAUCUACUGACCCCCUCCCUACAACUAUCCCUAUGGCCACACCCUCCUGACCCCCCCUGUGACCCCACAGACAGUGACCGGUCGUCAAGGAGGGAAAAACCUCCACUGUACCUCCAUCACAACGGACAGAUGGAGAGGCUCAGUAAAGGUCUGGCUCAGCCAACCUACACUGUCCACCCAGCCCUACCAGUCCUGCCCCACCUGGCCCAGCCACCAUACCCGACUCACCCAAACCACCCAGCCCCGAAAACACCCCCCUACCCUGGGAUAGGCAGACCCAGCUCCAGCAUGGUGUGAUGGGACAGGGGAACACCUCUCUGCCCGUGGGGGCUGGGAACAGGACAAGGACAGGCAAUACACUGAAAGGUAGUCUGAGAGAGACUGAGCUGGGAAAGCUUGUGGAGCCCUGGUGUGUCGAAGGGAUUAAAUGUCAGUGAGUGGCGGAUGCAGAGACGGAGCUCGGCCUGUAGGUGGGGGUGUUUGCAAGGAUACAUUUUGCGGUCAGGCCUGAAACGCACCAUAUUCAGCAAGUCCUUCAACACACUAUGUACUGUUUAUGUACUGUCUAUGUGCUGUCUAUGUGCUGUCUAUGUGGUGUCCAGGGACUCUACUCAAGACACCAGACAGACACAUUUCUGAUACAUGUUGGACAAUAGAGUGGUCUUUUAUUCAUAAGCCUACACAAGUGGAGUUCGACACCGAAGGUUAUUUUCCAAAGACUCUGCACACCAGUGAUCUGGGAUAAAUUAAACAUUUGUACUGCCUGAGAUUCUACAUUAAAAAAUAGUUCAUAUUGACAACUCAAUGUCUACUCCAGCAAUGUCUUGCUAUAUUUUAUUAAAGACAAUAGUGACCUAAUCAUUGAUGUUUAUUUGUGAUUAUAAUUUGAAAUAAUUCUAAUAUGCCAUAUCUUAAUUUAAGCCAUUUUCAUGUAGCCGAAAAAAGAAUCUUUCUGCUGCCUAAAAGUGUAAUUAAUAAACAGGAGUUGGUGCAUUUUUAUUACAGAAAUUCAAGUCUGAAACUUUUCAAACCAUUGAUACACUACCAUUGCAUUUCUUGUUGUGUAAAGGAUCCAUUUCAGAUAUGGCAUUGGUAUGUUCUGCUGGCAUCAAUUGGAAUCUGUAAUUUGUCUAAGUAUGUUUCCUAUCCACUUAACUGUCUGUAUUUCAUUGCACUAGUGCCUGAACUGUCUUUGUCUGCAUUUCAAAUUACACCCUUUUUCCGUUUGUCAGAUUUGGCAUCUUUGAACCAGUUUGCUGGAAAUAAUUCUUCAGCAACAGGAAAUGUUAUUUGUUAUGUAAGCGUUGAUACAUUCUUGAGGGGCGAAUCAAGUCAAAAGAAAUCACAAGUUGAAAUCACAAACAUCAGAUGCAGUUUUUAAACCCUAAAAACAUUCCAUGUUUUCCAUUCUUAGCGUGGUUAGGGAAUCUCUGGCGCAUGGGGCCGAUCACAUUAAGACCCCUUUGAUCACAGCUCCAUGAAUAGUGUCAUCUGAACAUGGCCUGUAUGUAGUUUACUUUGCCUCCAUUAUGUCCUGGCACAGAGUGCUGGGUGUUGGAGUGCUCAGCCCGUGGGCCUUCUGUCCUCUCUGUGUGCUUCCUGUCCCGCUGUCUGUGGUUCACUAACCCUGUUUCCUCCCAUCAUUCUCAUCCAACCCGCCCACCGCUGUCUUUCUCCCCACACCUUUGUUGACCCCAAGCCUUGUCCACUCUUGACGGAUGUUCUGAAUGUUACACUGCAAGCUGUUACACCUGCGGCCAUAUCACGCGGCAGCCCAGUGAGGACGUGGUCUCUGACCACGUAGCAUAUUCUGGGUCCAAAAUGGCACUCUCCUCUUUAUAGGACCUCUGAUCACAAGCAGUGAAACAAUAUAGGGGAUAGGGUGGCAUUUCAGCCACAGAGUGUCCUGGAGAGAGCGACUGGAUGGCGAUGAGGCGAAAGAGGUGAAGUUGUGAGUAGAUGCUAAGCCACUGAGGGGUUAUGGAGAGUUACGAGGUCGAAGACCCUUGCCCUCACAAAUGAUCAGUCUUGUCAUGACGACCUAAUAAAAUAACAUCAGUUCCAAGGCACAAAAGAAGAGUUAGCUUAUUUUGACUCUGUUGCUAUAAAACCUUUGGAUGUAAUGUGAUAGUAGUUCCGUGCUAAUGCACUGUCCAACGGAAUUAUGGACCUGUCAUUGUUGUACAGUUCUAGACUGUUUUCUCUUUUCUCUUUUCACAAAUAAACACGAUUUCACAUGUGAACAAAGGCCAGUCAGGCCCAGCUCAGUAUUCUAAAGAAAACAGGAAUUUUCAAAGUCAAGCUCCACUCAAGCAGUCAGAGACUCCCAGCAGUGUUGGGUCUGAUGUUGUUGAUCUAGAUAAUACCACAAAUGUAUAUAAACCCCGGGGGCUCUUUAACAAGUCGCUCAACUUUGACCUCCUCGGCCAUGCUGGCCCGAAUUCUGCCUGUGUUACUCUCCUCAGACACAUGGCCCUGGCUGAGAGGUGGUCGGUUGUGCCUCCUCUGUAAACUGUGAAGUAACUCUGGUAUGUCUGACAGCGGCUGGAACCAAGAAUAACACUAGGAGACUGUCUCCCAAAUGGCACUCUAUUCCAUUACGGGUGCUAUGUGGGUCCUGGUGACGUGAGGUUGGAGGGUGUCAUUGGAGACGCACACCUGAACUCCCACCGACUUCCUGUUGGUCUGAUGCCUCCACCAAAGACUCAGGACCAGGGAACCGGAGCUAUUUAUACUGCGGAUGUGGAGGACCAGGAGGGUGUCCACAUUUCUCCCUGCCUGCCGGCUGGGUUUGAUGUCAGGGGAGGUUCCAGGCGUCUGUCUCUCUGUCUUAAGUAAGGCAGGAGGUCAUGAUCAUCGACGUGUUGUGUCUUUGAACACCUGGGCAUUUUAAGUUCUGAAAAAAAAAAAGACAACUCUAUUAUUCGGUCUCUAUUCGGGAACUGUUUUAUAAUGGUUGGUUCCCAAGGAAGUCGAAACCUAAAAUGUACACAACAUACAAAUAAUGUUUUGGGACGAUUUAGGUUGGAUGUGCCAUAGCUUUCCACUCUAACUAUAAAGAGGGAAUUGCUGCAAAUAUGCUGGCCCAGCGAGUUAUCUGCAGGUUACUGUUGGACUUCUUAACAUGGUGCUAACCAAUUAAACCAAGCCUUGAGCUGAAAUAAUACUGACAGCAACAAAAAACACAGUAACAUGAAUCGUGAUGACUAGC